AUGGCCGCUCUACCGGCAGCAUCAUCGUCCGCCCCACCCUCUUCACCAGGUGGAUCAACCAUCGAAGACCCUGACCUCGCAGACAGUGAAGAAGACCAGUCGCGCAUUCGUGAAGUCUCUUCGCUAAAUGGCCAAAGCAGCCCCAUCUCUCGCCUUGACCAUGACCAUGACCACGACCACGACGGCGACUCAAACGCUACCGAGAAAGGCAACAGAAAACCGAAAAUGAUGCGAAAAGGCAAGGGAGGUCCACCUAAAGGAUCAUUUGCUUGGAUUCAUGAGGGACCAGAGGAUGUAAACACGGAGGAGGAUGAAGAAGACAGUGUGAUCACAGAAGCCUACAACAGAAGACCUGGAUGGAAACAGAAGAAGUCAGGCAGUCCAGGAACACGUCAAAGCACCCAAGCUACAACAGUAGGCACCAGACGGAAGGGAGAUGGAACUAUUGGCUCGGUCUAUUCUGGUAACAAGAUACGACAUCUCAAAAAGGAUGACGGUGUCCCGUUGUGGAGGACUGAUAUCCAGUAUGAAUUUCUGCGCUUGGUUUUCGAGGACAGGUCACCAUAUUUCACCCGAUUGAGCGACGGCCAAGAAGGUUGCAACUUUGCUGAUAUCUACAUUGAUGCCAUGGCACGAAGCAGCAAGACCAGCAAAGUACUGAAAGACAAGCUCAUUAGUGAUCGGACAGCGGCGCAGAAUAUGGCGAUGAUAUGCUUGCUUGUCAAUGUUGGAAGGAUGAACACCACGCUCAACUUCUUUCCCGAAAUGAGAGCCCAACUACGUACAUAUCACUCUAUUCCUUCAUUACAAGCACACCGAGACCAGAACGCAUACAAGCAAUUACAAGACGCGCCGCGACUGAAGUCGAUCCUAAAAGGUGCUUCUGAAGAUACCGAAGAGCCAAGGACCAUCGAAGCCAUCAAAGCACACUCCAUACCACGAACCAAUCCUGUCAACCUCAUCUUCGUUCUGUCACAGUAUGCACCCAAGAUCUCCGAACUCCACUUCUUCCCACCACGGGACUUUUUCGAUCUUGUCAUGAAGCCCACAAUUUCAAGCAAGAGUCGUGCCCAGGCAUUCCUGUGGCUGAUGUGGUGGUAUUUACAGAGCAAUUUUUCGGAGGAGGCUGCCCUCAACAACCCAUUCGGCCCUGGAAUCCGGGGACCAAAGGACACAAUGUCAAUCAAGGUACCUGAAUUGGAAGAGCUGACUGAAGAAGAGGGGGCUGCGGAAAAUGCGGACCCUCCUGAUGAGAUUGUAUUUGGCGAAGAAAAGCAGCAGGAGCGGAAACGGAUUCUGGAAAACGACGAACCAGACAACAAGAUGCUGAAGCGUGUGAAGAAAUCCACCAUUGUCGAUGAACUUGUGUCCGAUAGCGAGCCUCGUGCAUCUCUGCCACGAGCCACCUCACCAGCCAUGAGAGACUCACUUGGCUUUGCUGUGCUCAAUCCAGCGCACAACGCCGACCCUGCCACAUCUCGACUAGGCGGCCAAGCAGAUUCUCUGGAAGACGACUGGGAGCCCGUCAACCCUCACCCAGGCCGUGGCCGCUACAAGCGCAUCAAGAAAGACCGUGAUUCAGUGCCUGGUCCAGCCUUGACCACCUCUUCCUCCGGCCGAAUCCUCAUGAAAACCAGCAAAGCCCAAAACCAAGGUCCUUAUGACCCCGGCACCCCAGACUCGAUGCAAGCCCAACCCCCGGGCUCCGCCCAUCCGAUACUCCACCAAUACAGCCACGGCAUCGAGGGUGCUGCAUCUCGCGGCGAAGCCGCCUCCGGUCCAACCGCCGGCAACCCUGCCACCACAAUCACCACCACUAUAGCAGCGACAACAAGUGGUGGCAGCCACCGGCGCCCGCGGCCACUCACCCAACACCAACUAGCCGUCGAAGCGAACCGUCGCCACCUCACCGAAACCCUGCUCGUCAUGAAGAAGAAAGAGGUCUUCACGGCGCUGCGUGAGAAGCGGGAGCGCUCGAAUUUCGUGCUUAGGGCUGCGGCACGCAUUGAGAAUCUACCGAUGGGAUAUGAUAGUGAGGAUGAGAAUAGCAGUUGGGGCAUGGGUGGAUUGGGACCGAAUCCGGAUGAUGGCGAAGAGGAUGAUUUUGGGGAGGAGGCGGAGAUGUGGAUGAGUGUGGUGGCGAGGGUGAAGAAGAGGUUGGAGAGGUGGGGUGGGGAUGUAGGGAUCAAAGGGAGGAAGGGGCAGGUUAUCAGGAGGAAGGGACUGCAGAGGAGAUGGGAGCAUGGUGGCGAUGACGAUGAUGACGAGGGCGGAGAAGAACGAGAGGAUGUAGAUAUGGAUGGUACUGAGGUGGUGGAAGAAAAUGGUACGUCUCGACUUCCUGGUGGUGCUGUCGGGACGGUGACUCGGGCGGCUCCUGGUCUGGAUGAUAUUGAUCAGAGCUUGUUGGCGGAGCGGAGUGAUGAAGAAAUGGAUGAUGGCGAUGUGGAAGAAGAGUCGGAUGAAGGAUGGGGAUUUGACUGA